GGCUCAUCCUGCGUGUUAUCGAUGACAGUGCGUCACUUCCGUCCUUCCCUCCUUUCUCCGAGCUCCUGUCGACUGUGGGAUCCGCGUGUUUACACACUCCCAGAUGAAGGAGUCGAUAAUGAACCAGGAGAAGCUCGCCAAACUGCAGGCGCAGGUCCGCAUAGGCGGCAAGGGGUCAGCUCGCAGGAAGAAGAAGGUGGUUCACAGAACAGCAACAGCAGAUGAUAAGAAGUUGCAGUUCUCCCUCAAGAAGCUGGGAGUCAACAACAUCUCUGGCAUUGAGGAGGUGAAUAUGUUCACAAACCAGGGAACAGUGAUCCAUUUCAACAAUCCCAAAGUUCAGGCCUCCUUGGCUGCCAACACCUUCACAAUCACAGGGCAUGCUGAGAACAAGCAGCUCACAGAGAUGCUUCCAGGGAUCCUAAACCAGCUGGGAGCUGACAGUCUGACCAGCCUCCGGAGAUUAGCAGAGACUCUGCCCAAACCAGCUGGAGAGAACAACCCCCCCAUGGUUACUGUUGAAGAGGAGGAUGAUGAGGUUCCAGAUCUUGUUGAAAACUUUGACGAGGCUUCAAAGGAUGAGGCAAACUAGCCAGCAACAAUACAAGGCUCCUCUCGACUCACUGUUCUUUGACAAAGCAGCAUUUUAUAAUUGUUCAGCUCUGUUAUUGGUCCUUGCCAACUAGCAAAAGUAGCUUUUAAUUGUAACAUUGACAAUUGAGCUAAUACAAGUCAGAUUAACUUUUAUGGCUGUUAAUACCCUUCGUCUGAUUCACCUCGUUCUACAGUACCAGUGAAAUACUUAAACUUGGUGGAAUGUGCAAACCUCUCUCUUUCUCACGCUGUCUCUCCUGCAUGGUGAUGCUUACACAUCAAAAAUGUAUUGGUGGAAUUGAUCAUGUAAUAAAAAAAUUCAGAUAUA